UCCUAUUUGUGUCAUGUACUAAUGGGAAAGUACUAGAUCGGUACUAUCCCCGCUAUCACUUCGCUCCACCGUAUGGCUGGAUGAACGAUCCCAAUGGUUUCUGCAUCUUCAACAACGAGGUCCAUCUGUUCUAUCAGUACAAUCCAUAUACCAGCUACGAGACCGGCAUCGCACACUGGGGCCACGCCAUCAGCAAGGACUACUUCCAUUGGCAACAUCAACCGAUCGCCAUGUACCCUGACCAGUGGUACGACGCAACCGGCGUCUUCUCUGGAAGCGCUCUAAUCGAAAAUAACACCAUGUACUUGUUCUUCACCGGAAAUGUAAACUACCCAGGAGAGACGCCCGAUCAUAUAAACCGUCAAGCCCUAGCCUGGAGUACGGACGGCGUCAACGUUACUAAAUAUGAGAACAAUCCCAUCAUCAAUGGUUCUUUAACCAUGCCGAAUUUACGAGACCCCAAAGUCUGGGAAUAUGAAGGUACAUAUUACAUGGUAUUGGGCAACUCUCUGAAUGAAACUUAUGGCAGGGCCCUUCUUUACUCUUCAAACGAUAAGAUUUCAUGGGACUACGUUUCUGUUAUCGCGCAGUCGAACGGCAGUUUGGGGUAUAUGUUCGAAUGCCCUGACUUCUUUGAACUUGACGGUAAAUACGUACUUCUAUUUUCGCCUCAAGGUAUAGAGGCUUCGGGGGACAAAUACCAUAACUUAUACCAAACAGGUUACAUAAUUGGCGACUUUGACUAUUCAACUCAUACGUUUACUCCGACGUCGGAGUUUGUGGAGCUCGACCACGGACACGAUGUUUAUGCUACUCUGACCACUUUGGAUAAUCUUGGACGCCGUAUCGUCAUAGCUUGGUUUGAUAUGUGGGAACAGAACUACCCUGAAGCCGCCGAUGGUUUCACUGGUAUUAUGACCAUACCUAGAGAGCUCAGAAUAAUAAACGGCAAACUUUUGCAGAAACCCGUAAGAGAAAUAUCUAGAAUCAAGGGAAAACAAGUUUCGGCGAAAAAAGGAAAUUACACUCUACGUUAUAAAGCCGGAGAAGUUAAUGUUCUUGCCGACGGUAGUAAGGACCUUCAACUGUACAUUGCGUCCAGCAAUGUAACAGUGACGAUAUCUUACGAUGCAGCGAACGGCAAGGUGACGCUGGACCGCGGAGGCUCCGACGGUGUUCGUCGCACCGAUUGGAAACCUGCAGGGCAGCUUAAAUGGAGAAUCUUUGUGGACGCGAGCUCUAUAGAGCUGUUCUGCGGAGAUGGCGAGGUGACUUUCUCGAGCCGAUUCUUCCCUACGGGUGCCGUGACCAUUUACCAAAGGGGAGCAGCGGUAUUGAAGGUACGCGAAAUUGUACGCACUAUGCCUAAACCGAAAUAA